AUGAGUUUCCAAAACGGUUGCCAACUGAGACAGAUCCGCCUCCCACCUCCCGCCGUCUUGGUGAGGAGCUUCCCCGUGAAAAAAUGUGUGGAACCCUGCGGUACUGUCUGCAACAUCCAGUGCUUGCCUCCCUGCGUGGAUCCCUGCUGCUACGGUGGGGUUCCUCGGGGCACCACCACUUACGUGAACCUGGGAAAUCUCGGUGUGACGCAAGUUCCCGGGUCCAUUGAUCCCUGCUGCCUCGGACUUGCUGCGUGUGCGCCUCCGUGCUGCUGCAAAGUGACUGAGUGCACCACCAGGUGCGAAGACUCAUGCUGUGAGGAGGUGGCCAAGUGCACAACCACGUGUGUGGAUCCCUGCUGCCAGGAAGUAUCCAAGUGCACCACCAAAUGCGUGGACCCCUGCUGCCAGGAAGUAUCCAAGUGCACCACCAAAUGCGUGGACCCCUGCUGCCAGGAGGUCACCAAAUGCACCACCACAUGUGUGGAUCCCUGCUGUCAGGAGGUCACCAAAUGCACCACCACAUGUGUGGAUCCCUGCUGCCAGGAGGUCACCAAAUGCACCACCACAUGUGAGGUGGCCAAGUGCACAACCAGAUGUGUGGAUCCUUGCUGCCAGGAGGUAUCCAAGUGCACAACCAGAUGUGUGGAUCCCUGCUGUCAGGAGGUGGCCAAGUGCACCACGACAUGUGUUGAGCCAUGCUGCAAAGAAGAGAUCAAAUGCACCACCAGGUGUGUAGAUUCAUGCUGUGGAGGUGUCACCAGAUGUGUCACUAAGUGUGUGGAUCCCUGCUGUGGUGGAGUGACGAGGUGCGUAGAUCCGUGCUGUGGAGGUGUCACAAGAUGCGUCACUAAGUGUGUGGAUCCCUGCUGUGACAGAGUAACCAAGUGCACCACCAGGUGCAUAGAUCCAUGUUGCAGAGAGGUGACCAAGUGCACCAACACCAGGUAUGUGGAUCCCUGCUGUGGAGGAGUGAUGAAGUGUGCUACCUGCUGUGUGCAUCCUUGCUGUGGAUAUGUGACCAGAUGCACCACUAAGUGUGUAGAUCCCUGCUGUGGGCAAGUGAGCAAGUGCACCACCAGAUGUGUGGAUCCCUGCUGUCAGGAGGUGGCCAAGUGCACCACCAGAUGUGUGGAUCCCUGCUGUCAGGAGGUGGCCAAGUGCACCACCAGAUGUGUGGAUCCCUGCUGUCAGGAGGUGGCCAAGUGCACCACCAGAUGUGUGGAUCCCUGCUGUCAGGAGGUGGCCAAGUGCACCACCAGAUGUGUGGAUCCCUGCUGUCAGGAGGUGGCCAAGUGCACAACCAGAUGUGUGGAUCCUUGCUGCCAGGAGGUAUCCAAGUGCACCACCAGAUGUGUAGAUCCCUGCUGCCAGGAGGUAUCCAAGUGCACCACCAGAUGUGUGGAUCCCUGCUGUCAGGAGGUGUCCAAGUGCACCACAACGUGUGUAGAUCCCUGCUGCCAGGAGGUCACUAAAUGCACCACGACGUGUGUGGAUCCCUGCUGCCAGGAGGUCACGAAGUGCACCACCAGAUGUGUAGAUCCCUGCUGCCAGGAGGUCACCAAAUGCACCACGACGUGUGUGGAUCCCUGCUGCCAGGAGGUGACCAAGUGCACCACCACGUGUGUGGAGCCCUGCUGUGGAGGUGUGAGUGAAUGCACCGCCAAAUGUGUGGAUCCCUGCUGCUGUGGGGGUGUCCAGGCUGUUACCAAGUGCGUGGACUCCUGUCCCACCACCUGCGUGAUGCAAGCUGUCCCUGUGUGCACGGGUGCGUGCUCCUCUGCCUGCGGCCAGCGCUGCUCCAUCGCUUGCGCAGAUGUCUGCUGCCGUAAGUGA